CGAAUGACAAGUGCACUUGCGUCUGUCUCCAGAGCAACAGCUACUUUCAAGAUUAGAACACUUAAUGCUUCCCUUCCUCUGCCGGGUUCUAACUCUUUUAUAUUCAGGGUCAACUAAUGUGUGACAAUUGUCAGUCUCACGUGUCCGAUUUGAAAUGUACUUUGAAAUAACGACGUCAUGUGACAUUUUGAUGUAUUCAGGUCGUCCCGAAGAAAAUCAAGGCUGAGUUGAGGGUUCAAAGGCCCGUGUGGGAUGCUAAGAAACUGGUGGUACGUUCAGGCUGAAGGAGCAUGGUGAAACACCAACCCUUGCAGGUCUAUGAGAAGCAAGUGCUUGUGUCCUUUAUCACUGGCAUUUACGGUUGCCGUUGGAAACGCUACCAGCGCUCCCAAGACGACAGCUCCAGGUGGGAGUGUUCGUGGUUUAUCAUCUUGUGUAGCUCUUUUCUCCUGCUUCUUUUUUGGGCCUACUUCUGGUUGGUGGCUCAAAAUGAUUUUGACGACUUCAACUGUCUUAUGAGCAGCAUCUGGAUGCAUCAACCGUUAACCUGUUCCAACUCCAGGUCAGUGUAUAACCGCUCUGGAGAAUGGAGGGACGAGACCAUUCCCAUCCUUGCAAGCACCACCGUGGGAUUCAGCUACGUUUCAGUCUUGAUGAUCUUGGCAUGUUUCCACAUAUCCUUGGGACAACAGCUUAAUCUCUACUGGCUCCACAAGGUCGGCGUACUGGCUACGCUCCUUACUACUAUCUCUGGUGUGGUCUCUGUCGAUGACAUAUGGGCAGAUGAAUGGGAUGUCGUGUUUGUGUCCCUGCAGUCCACAGCACCAUUCCUGCAUAUUGGCGCUCUGACAACAAUCACAGCUCUUAGCUGGCUGGUCGCUGGUUAUGUGGUCCGCAGAGAGAGAUCCAAUUUCCAGAUGAUGGUGUUAAUCACCUACAUAAUCAUCCUCAUGGCCCUUUACUUGGCACCGCUCUCAUUCUCCUGCCCCUGCGUAAUGGACAGUCGCAGCCUCAAGCCUCGACCAGACGUCAUUGGUCGACGAGGAGCUCCUAUGCUGGCCCCAGAAAACACCAUGGUGUCCUUCAACAGAGCCCUACACCAUGGAGCCAGCUCCCUGGAGGCUGAUGUCACUCUAAGUGUGGACGGGGUUCCAUUCCUCAUGCGAGAUCGAACCUUGAGACGAACCACAGAUGUUAGCACGGUUUUUCCUGACAGACAGCAUGACAAUGCCGCUUUCUUCAACUGGACAGAGUUACGUUCGCUCAACGCAGGUCGCUGGUUUCUGGAGAGGAAUCCCUACUGGACAGUAGAGACAUUGACCGGGAGGGAUCGGAGCAGAAUAAGCAACCAGACGGUUUGCAGUCUGUUGGAAAUGCUUCGUCUGGUAGUGAGAGCCAACAGCUCCGCACUGCUCAAUGUCCGCAGGCCCCCUGCAGGCCACCCUCGCUACCGAAGUUGGUUCACGGACACGAUCUGGGCUGUGCAGAAAGCAGGGAUUUCCCAGAAGAGGGUGACAUGGACCCCCGACACAGACAGGGGGAGGGUUCGGGGGUUUCAGCAGACCACAAAUGAGAAAUUGUCAGUGGCAGAGAUAAGGAAGAGGGGCAUUACGAGCCUGACCCUUCACUACAGCAAGGCCAGCCACAAAGAUAUACAGGAGUAUCUGGCCAACAAUGUGAGCGUGACAGUCUACCCAGUGAAUGAGCCGUGGCUCUACUCAGUUCUGUGGUGUAGUGGGGUGCCUUCCGUGUCCUCUGAUGCCGCCCAGGUCCUCCGAAAGGUGCCUUACCCCAUCUGGCUCAUGAGUCAGAAUGCUUAUAGCUUCAUCUGGAUCGCCUCAGAUCUCGUCUCACUUGCUGUAGUCAUAGGAAUCUUCAGUUUUCAGAACUAUCAUAUGAUCAGGUGGAGGAUGAGUGGGAUGCAGAACUGUAACCCUGAACAGAUCAUGCUGAGUGCUGUGCCGCAUCGAUCUAAUCGGGAUGUCAACAUCAUGAAGGAGAAGCUCAUUGUGUCAGAACUCAACAAUGGGCUGAGCAGUACAGAGGAGCUGUCACUGUAUCCCGAGAACGGCAACGCAAGAUACUCUCACGGAGACAUGAGACCGUCAUUUCACACGGAACAAAUGGGAUGUUAGAUGACUACUGUAUUGUAGAUAUAUAUAUAUAUAUUUUUUUUUUCUGGAAGUGUUUUUCUAUUACUGUUCAUGGCUUAUAUUGAAUGAAAAGUCCAAAUACAACCAAAUACCAAAUACACAUACAGUAUAUUGCACACCUCUUGGAAAUAAUUUUUUCAAAUUGACAGUAUGCAUGUAUGCAAGCAAAAUUAUGUUAUUUAAUAGGCCAAAAACAAGACAAACAAACAAAAAAAAACCGCAUAUUUAAGGCUGAAUGUAUUAUACUGUAAGUCUUUUUCAUAAUCUUCUAUGUUUUAAGAAAUGGACUAUGUAUAUGUGUAUUAUACACUGAUGUAUAUAGGACUUAUUUCAAAUAUUUUGCCAUUGUGAAAUGCUUUUUAGUGUGUGAGAUUUUGUUUUCGUCCAUUGCGCUUGUAAUAGAUCGUUUAGAAAUACUUUACAGAAAAUAUCGAGGACAAGCAUUUGCACAGUUUUGACAGUCGCUAAACUAUCAGUGGCAGUUACUGCAUCGUUUCUGCCAUACCACAAUGUUUUCAAGAUGUUGAGUAGUGAAAUCUUUCACGUGGCUGCCUUAUUAUGAAACUGAUAAAUGAGUCAAAUAUUGAGGAAGGAUUUUUGUCAGUAUAAUAAUAAGGGAUUGUAUUUUCACCUAUGUCACUUUAAGCUGCAUAUUCAUUAAUAAAAAUGAUUAUUUGGAAA